AUGGCAAGAGAAAAAAUUAGCGGCUAUAUAGUAGCAUUGAAAGUGCUAUCUAUUAAAGAACUAAUUAAAAAAAAUGCUGAAAGACAAUUGAGACGUGAAGUAGAGAUUCAGGCCAAUUUAAGUUAUAUUCACCAAAAACACAUUAUUCAUCAGGAUAUAAAACCAGAAAAUUUAUUGAUAGAUUUGAAUGAUGAAAUUAAGAUUGGAGAUUUUGGAUUGCGUAAAACAUUUUGUGGUACAUUGGAUUAUCUUCCACCAGAAAUGGUCGAAGGUAAAGAACAUGAUGAAAAGAUCGACGUUUGGUCACUUAGUGUUUUAUGCUACGAACUUCUGACUGGUAUCGUACCAUUUGAAGAACUUGAUCAUACUGAAACAUAUAAACGAAUAGCCAAAGUUAAGUUCACUUUACCUGAUCAUUUGUCAUUUGAGGCUUGUGACUUGAUUAACUCGUUAUUACAACAUGACCCGAUAAAACGUCUACCAUUGAAAGAUGUCUUAAAACAUCCAUGGAUUCAAAAAUAUAAGAAAAACCGUGAAUAA